AUGUCGAGAAGUCGGCCUCAGCUUAAGACGACGGAGUCUACGCCUCUUCUAAGAGGGCCAGCACCAUCAACUACAUGGCCGGAUGUUAGAACAGCCCAUGGUGGUAGUCCCGAAGUGUCACCAGAUGUUAAACGUCCUUCACAUCAUACAACAUGGCCACCAACAGGUCACUAUCCACUCGCCCAGGAUCCUCGAACUCCAAAUCCACGGUCCGUACCUCACCCAGAUAAGACCAUCAAGCGUCUUAUCUGUUGUUGUGACGGUACGUGGAAAUCUUCUGACCAGGGUCCUCCUUCGAUUCCUUCCAAUGUCACACGGUUUGCUCGUUCUCUGGACUGUGUGGAUAGAUAUACCACCCCGGGUAUCGAAAUCCAGCAAAUAGUAUUUUACCAGUCCGGUCUUGGAUCCGGAGAGCUUACAAAGCUUCAAUGGCUUGCCGCUGGUAGUAUUGGAUUCGGUCUCGAUAGUGCAGUCCGUGAAGCAUACGCCUUCUUAGCUGCCAACUACCAAGACUCUUACGAAGAUCAACCUGCCGACGAAAUUUAUCUCUUCGGUUUUUCCCGUGGUGCAUAUACAGUCCGUGCUCUCGCUGCCUUCGUCUCAGAAAUCGGUCUUCUUACAAAGCGAGGCAUGGAUGAUUUCGCACUUAUCUACCAGGAAUACAAGAAAGGACCGGAGUCAUUCUCUGCAUUCACGCAACGAAGGAUCGCGGCUAAUGUUGAUGGGAUUCCCUGGGAGACCCAACGUAAUAUUAUCAUCAAAGUCUGUGGUGUAUUUGAUACUGUCGGUUCUGUCGGUUUCCCGGACUCCUGGAUCACAAGACAACUGGGUCUUAACGCCUCCUUCGGCUUCUACGACACCAAGCUCUCUCCCGCUGUCGAAAACGCCUUCCAAGUCCUCGCCCUUGACGAGCGGAGAUCAAACUUUUCGCCGACAUUAUGGUUCCUAGACCCUCCCAAAUUCGGCGAGACAGGCUGUAAAAUGAAGUUACCCAGAACGAAUACACUUCCAGACAGGAGAGCUCCAGAUAUCGAUAUUAAUCUUCAACAAGUCUGGAUGCCGGGUGCACAUUCUUCAAUCGGUGGCGGAUACUCGGACCACGAAUUGGCAGAUAUCUCGCUAGCAUGGAUGAUUGAUAAGACUUCUCCAUGGUUAAGGUUCGACUGGUCUUAUCUCGAACCCAUCUGUGCGAAUACAGAGAACCCUACUAUGAUUUACGAUGAAUACGGAAAUGUUUUAGAUGGUGAUGAAACUGCCUCUAUCACGCCGCAAAGUUUUAAGAGGAGCAAAGGUUGGGGCAUGGGUACCAUCUACGAUAGUAGGAAUGGAUGGUGGCAGUUUUUACCCGCGAAGGAUAGAACUCCUGGAAGAUAUCCUGUACCAGGACUUACAAGGGAAUUCAUGCAUUCGAGUGUCAGAGAACGGUAUCUAAACGACGAGGAAUAUAGAAAGAGAUGCGGGGCUCUUAUGGGAAUGGAGCUAAAGAAGAAAGAGGGCGGUGGGUGGUAUUGGUUGACGAUAGGCCCCGAUGGGCACGAGAGAAUCAUCGAAGAAGCGGAAUUUGGAAAGGUCCCGCCAGGGAAGAGGAGCUUCGAGAUGCUAUUAAAAGGCGAUAGAGGGGCAGUAUAUUAA